CCAAUUUCGAGGUCGCGAACUCCUUAAAACUCAUAUAAGAAAGCGCGUCUCAUGCGUAUAGCUUAAUUUAUUCAAGAUGUCUUUCAUUUUUGGCUUGAAUAUCUCUUUCCUCUCAUAUAUCGAAACCUACCGUUGAAGUGGUACACUAGUUGGAAGAAAACCCAGCUUGGAUCUGCUCUCUCAUGGGUAUCAAGGGUUAUAAAUGAACUGUGGUAAGUCGAAUAAUUCUAUGUUAAUGAAAUAUUUCUUCCUCACGAUCCUAAAUCACCGUACCUUCUAUUCCUUAAGCAUUUUUAUGAUAUGUAUUCGCAUAUUUUACUUUCGUUCGCAGUAGAAGCUAACUCGUCGCUUUCAAAUAGUGCCCAUAAUGGAGUCUCCGGAUGACAUGGUAAUACAACAUGUACCCGCUUCGUCGACCCUAAAAAACGGUACAACUUCUGUCACAGCAAGUGAUAGUAUUAGCAUACCUCAAGUCUUCUGUAUUACGAGCCGCAUCUUGGAAGUGGAGUGUAGCAAACUUCAACUCCAUGGCACUUCCUCCAAGACUAUCCCUCGAUGGGCGCCAUCCUCAAAGAUAACUUGCGGUAUUGAGUACCAGUCCUUCCUUCAGGCUCAUUACGGCGCCGACGACAUCGAACAUGUCAAAAUUUGCCUGAAAGAGGUCAUCAAUCUACUCAAUUCGUUCGACAUUGGACUCAGCUUUGUUUACGUUGAAGACUUGCUCCCUGAGACCUUCACCCUUACCUACGAGGAGAAUCCUGAUGUCUACGCGACUUCUUUCUUCCCAGGCACUCGAGAUAAACGCACGAUUGUACUCCACGAGACUUCAUUCUUGCCCGAAUACCGUGGCUCGAUCUUCAAUAUCCUGUGCCACGAGUUUGGCCGUACUCUCGGGAUGCGGCACUGGAACGCCGCCUCGGAUGAGCCGUGUCUUCCGUCGGUACAUUUUCCUCCUGAUUCGGAUAACCGACUCUCCGUGAUGGGCCCAUAUACUCACCCGGGAACUCUCCAAUUUCAUCAAGAUGAUGAAAAAUGGCUUCGAGAGUUCUACGGGCAAGAUAAUGGGUCAUAUAUUCAAGGCUACAAGAUCGUGGACGUCCCAGUUGCUCCAAGGACUUCACAUUGCAGUCUUAGGAGAUCGGAGAUAACUAGGCUUCACAUAGUCUGAUGAGAGGAUGGCACAAGAAGUGUGAUUAGCCGGUCAUCGACUUAGACAUACCUCCUUUGAUAGGAGUAUUAUACAAGUAUCAUCAUUAGCGGGUGUCUUGUGAGCGUUUGCUGCCCUUGGUAUAUUGUGUAGCUGAGAAUGAGGACUAGUAUUAAGUUGGAAUUAAUCUCGAGACAGUGUCUUGACAUGCAACUUACACUCGACGAGUUAUAUCACACAAUCACCACUCAAGGGAAGACGUAUACGGUAUUCGAUAAAUAGAUUCAAUAGUCCUCUAUCCACCUUGCGGUGG